AUGGAACCGGAAGACCAGCAAAAACAAUUGUACUACAAAACCUAUUCCGAUGCGUUAUGCACAAACGAAGCCGAAACGUCGCAAUGGACUAUGUACCGACAAGAACACGUAGAGCUAAAGAAUAAUCUACAAAUGUACCGGAAUACUCCAAAAGCGGACAUAUUAAUCCCAAUAGGAACAAAAGCUUUCAUAGCUGGCCAACUUUACCAAACGGGUGAAGUUUUAGUCAGUCAUGGAUGCGGUUAUUUCUCCGAAUGUUCCUCGGAACAGGCGGAAUCGGUCGCCGACCGACGUAUCCAUUUGGCAAAUGAAUUUCUUCAAAAGUACGAGCGUGAACGUUCCUUAUACAACGACAAGCUUAAGGUUCCAUUAGUAAGCGAAGCAUUUUGGACUGAUAAUAAUGGUCAAGAAAUUAUUGAAGCUUACGAUGAAGAGGCAGAAAACCGUUGGCGUGAAGAACACAGUCAUCGUGUACGAGAAAGUAAGCAAAGGGAAGCAAAAGAAAGGAGAGCUAGAAGCGAAGCGUCACAAGAGAUAAAUGAUGAGCCACUGUUUGCACAACUGGAUGAAAUGGAGUUGCUCGAAGUGUUGGAAAAUGAAAUGGCUCAGCUAGAGCUUUCAACUGGUGAAAAUGACGUUGAUCUGCUGGAUCGUCUGAUACGAGGAGAAAUCCGAUUGAAGGAACAAACACGAAUAGCACACGAAAAAACUGAAUCAUUACCACAUGUUCAAACUGCCAAAGUGAACUUGGCAUGUAUUCAACAGCUGAACAACACAGAUUCACCAUCAGUUGUGGAAGAGAAUCUGGAAGAACAAAUCGAAACAACAGAUGACGAUGAUGGCGAAAACGAUGACGACGAAGAUGAUGUCACGAUCGAUUUUUCCCAGCUUUUGAACGAAACUAAGAACAACACUAAUAAGGAGAAAAUCAAAAGAUUUCAGGCGAAGCUCAAAGAAGUUCGUCAGCGACUAUACGAGAAUUCGUUGGAUGUUGUUCAAAAGGUAGAUCUUUAUCAGUUGCAUGAUGAGUUAGAGGAAGCCUUAGAAUUUUUGCUUCCUUUGAAUGAAUCUGAUGACGAAUAUUCGACGGCGAAGUGGAAAAAAAUGUUUAAAGAAAACGAUGUUGAUGAAGCAAGAAAGGUAAAAUUUGCUGAACUAGAACAGAUUAAACUUAUCUCCAAUAGAUAUCAGGAGCAACCUGGCGAGCAAACGCUGCUGAAUGAUUCGAAAAAUACACUAUUCCUUCCAAUUCAACACGGGAAGUCUAUCAACUAUUACAAACCGGAUUCGAUAGACGAGAUUGUGUCUCCAGCUGAUAUAUAUCGGAAAUUUCUCGCGGACGAAGUGUUCUACAAACAAUCGCAAUUUUCAGAUUUGAAGUCUAUCCUGAAGAACCAUAAAACCAAUCAUCCUAGUCCGGAACGGCAUAAAAAACAAACUCGUGAAAAUGAUGUGCCCAAGAUAUCUGAGCCGGAUUUGUUGGGACAAGUGGUUGAGCAUGGCACUGUAGACGUGUUGAUCCAAGAAGUUCAUAUGCAAUCUAUGCAGAAGUCACAGGAAAAGAGAAAAAUUAGCCGAUUUAAGCAACAACGGAACUGA